AUGUCAGCGAAGGAUGCUGUUUCAGCGAAUAGUGCACGAUUUCUAAGUAGCAAACCUGACAGAGUCAAUGUCAUUUAUGCGCCAGAGAAAGAAGAAAGAAUGAUGAAAGGCAUGGACGACAUUCUCAAUCUUGUGCGAGACAGCAGCAGCCUAGAAAAGAUUGUUCCUCACAUACCACCUUCUGAAUUAAAGAAAGACUUGGAAACUUUCGGGACAUUUUCUAUUGGUCCGACCCAAUUAUCGCGAUCGCAUGAUCAGCCAAUUUUUGGACUAUUGCCACAAAAUUCAGCUCCACAUCUCAAUCAAUAUCCAGUAAGCCAUGCUGUAGACCACACGCCGCAAGUCCCAAGUGGAUAUUCUCCUCAAAAUCAGCACGUUGGCAAUCCUAAUGGACAAAUCUCUGCACAACAUCAGCAAAUUGGCUCUCCGUAUGGACAAGCACAACAGCAGCACAUUGACCAUCCGUAUGGACAAACCUCUGCACAUCAGCAGGGGGGCGGAGGCAACUUACAUCCUGGAGUGAUGCACAACUCAAAUGCAGCCAAUAAGAUGGACCUGGAGAAUCAACCCUCGGUUGAUGCGAUGAAAUUCGCGAAGUCUUACUCGUGGACAAUUAAAAUAGACGACAUUGCACAGAAAGCAGCCGCCAAGAACAACCUUGAUUUUCUGAUUCGACUUCAACAAUUCGAAAUUUUACGUGAGACUUGGCUAGAAAAUGUCUAUACAUGGGUGCGCCGCGAAAGACCAUAUGUUCUUCAACAGCAAAAUAAUCAACUUUGGAUUAAACUCAAAACCCAGGUCCAAAAGGCUGAAAGACUUUAUGGUGAUGAUGCCAAAUCUGUUCAACAUAUCGAGCACACUCUCAGAAUUGAGAUUGACAAGGUUUCUGAACAGUACAAUCAGAACUUGAAAAAAGCGUAUUAUCGAAGGAUGACUGUAGCGUAUCAUCAGAAGUUGAAUGAAGAGUACGAUCAGAAGUUGAGUGAAGCGCUAAAUGAAGAGCACCGUCAGGAGUUGAAUGAUGAGUUGAAUCGGAAGAUGAAAGAAGAGUACCAUCCGAAGAUGAAUGAAAAGUUCUAUCAGAAGUUGACAGAAGAUUACCGUCACUUGAUGAAUAGUUGGCUCACUGGAGAUUUAACCCAGCCCGGCGGAUGGUUUCUCAGACAACUUUAUUUUCCAUGCGUCGUGACGAACACAAUCAAAAACGUCAAGUCCGCAAUACUUUUUGAUAAAAUGGCUCAACGCAUGGAAUUUGUGACUCGGCAGAUUCCCACGAGCCAUGCAAGUAAAUCGUAUUCUUCCAAGUUUUUAUUAGCCCACAUCGACGACAGCUUACUCAACAAUCCACCCGAUGUUGUGGAGUCGAACGCACUUGAUAAAAUCAAAAAGAUUGAUGGCGGACUUGACAAUCUUCUGGAGAUGACUCUUGCUGAUGUUCAACCGUUGGAGAUGUUUAUGUAUCUGUGCUCUAUAGGUCAUUUUUCCACUACUGAUCCCUUGAUGCAGACGCUCGAAGUGUACACGAGACUUUAUAAUCUCGACUUAAUCAUCAAGGAGCCGAAAUCAAUUAAAUUGGAGGAUAUAACAAAGCUGACUCCGGCGAUACCUCAUGGCAUGGUGAAUAAGUUCGUUCAGAAAGUGGGUAAUUUGCUCAGAUAUGGUGCUGGUGGAAAAGGAAAUCGUAGAGUUCAAUUGCUGAGAAGAAAGGAGUGGGAUGCCAUCCAGUUUGGUGGUAAAGAAAAAUCGUAUCGAACCUGGGUAGCCGAUUCAACAAUGUCUCCAUCGACAUUGUAUGACACGUAUAGAAGACACGAUGUAAAGAUAGACGAUCUAAUUGACUUUUACACAGUUGACUACAUUCUUAGAGAACUUUUUUCUGUGAAGCCAGAAAUACCUCCGGUGAUAAAGGAACAGUUAGUACCUAAGUAA